GUCUUUACCUAUGUUCCUCAGCUGAUUCUGUCUUUAACUAUGUUCCGUGUGAGUUUGUCUGUUCCGUCGUUCCGUCGUUCCGUUGUUCCAUUGUUCCAUUGUCCAUUCGUUCGUGCCUGAUCCAGUAUUUUAAGCGCUAAUCGCAGAUCUUCACGGCAAGCAUUAUCAUAUUGAUCGAGAGCGUGACGGAUCACGGCUAUAGCAGCCAGGCGAUGCUCGUCUGUGGAACGCUAACCGGCUACCUGAUCAUAUGCACUGCACUGAGCAUAGGCCACUUGCUGGGCGCCCAGCUGGACAAGCGCAUCGAUAUACUCUUCACGGUCGCCGGCUGUGUGCUGUUCGUGUCGACGGGCGCCACCAUAUUCGAUCGCUGGAUGCACCGCGUCGAGCUGGCCAGAGACAAGAACACCAUCCUGGCCUCUGGAGUGCUCUGCUUUGUCACCGCCGCCUUUUUUAUCGCUGACACAUUCGUCAUAUUUCAUGCCCAAUAAACGUUCGACAAAUUCCAACAAUG